CAUAUACUUACUACAUUAUUACAACAUCUGUGAUCAUUUUUACGCCGUCAUCUUUCUUAAGAGAUCAGAAUGAGCUCCGAGGAAGGUAGCAGCGGUGGUUUUCAAAUUCCUUUCGUCAGUGACAUACUAAAGGAGGGAGAAAAAAUGAAGAUCCCUUUCGUUAGUGACAUGAUUAAGGAGGGUGAAAAAAUCAAGAUCCCUAUCGUUAGCGACUUGAUUAAGGAGGGAGAACAGCUUAAGAUCCCUUUUAUUAGUGAUAGAAGCAGUGGACCUGCUGGGGAGGAGGGACACCGUGAGUGCUGUUGUAAUGGGUGUUUUGGUGGUUGUGACAAAGUAAAAGAAUGGUGGCAUAUAUUUGUUGAGAAAAUCAAAGAAUUUUUCUCAUGUCUUGGAUCAUGUUGUUGUUGCAGUAUUUGCAGGUGCUGCUGCCCUUGUUGUUGUUGUUGCUGUUCUGAUGAUUAGUGAUGAACCUGUUGGACUAAUGCCACACUGUCAAGGAAACUCGAGUUUGUGUGCUUUAAUUACCGUAAAACAAUAUUGCUAUUGCUAUUGAGUGAUUUUUUAUUUGUUGUUGUUGUUGUUUUUUCCCCUUGGUUUUAUUGUGUUUUGCCGCCUUCCGAAAUAAUUUUUGGUAUCUCGACUGGAUCACGGGGAUGUGGAGGUAACAAUGGUUGAAGCGCAAUCCCUUCCUUGAGGGGAUUGGAUCGUCUGUUUUUUCUGGCAGUUGUGGUUUAUACCUUUACCACAAUGUCUUGUUGUACUUGUAUUCACGUGGAGUACUUUUAAUAUAUAUGAACUUAUUUACCGAUCAAAAAAAAAAA